GAGCAUGCAGGUGGAUGCAAUCAGAGACGUGCAUGUGGAAGCUUCUCGUGGAGAGCAAUUAGUGGAGACCCGCAAAUUUUGCCGCAGCUGUUAUGCCCUCAGCCAUUCACUCAUGCAAGACUUUCAUUGUCUUUCUAGGUUUUCACGACUUCGCCAGCCAAAGUUGCCUUCCCCACCCCCCAGUCAUGGCUUCGCACACUGUUACAAUGCCGCAGACGCCGGGGUCUUACCCCACAGCGACCCCCUAUGGCAACCCCCCGCCAAAGCAGACGACAGCAGCUCCAGCUGGAGGGGUCUACAUUGCUGGGUCCAGCUUGGGGAGCGACCGGAAGUUCACAAAGCGGUCGGUUGCAUCGUUAAUAUUCAGGCUGAUGCAGCUCAUCUUCUCUGUGAUUGGCCUGUCGAUCAUGGCCAGCGCCCAUGACAAGAGGAAUGAUUUCACGGGCCACUCCCUGGACUACACUGACUACAAGGGCUACACGUGGCUGAUGGUCAUGCUGAUCUUCGUCUUUGUCUGGUCGCUUAUUACCCUCAUCUUGGACGCCUUGGAGGCGUGCACCAGCUUCUCAAUGGGAGGGAUUGUUGCUCUGAUUAUCGCUGUUGUGGAUCUGUUCCUGGCAUUCCUCGUUUUUGGAGCGGCCUGCUCAGCCGCCACCCUUGACACCGACGUGGUUGGCGGCGGGUCUGGCAAAUUCAGUUCUAGGGUGCGGGCGGCAACAGCUUUUGGUUUUGUGACCUGGUUGUUCCUGGUCCCUACGAUGCUCUUGAACACCGCCAUUGUCAUCACAGAGGUCUUCGGGUAGAUACAAGCAUGUGCGGUGGCAGUUCCCUUGCACGCUUAGAUAUGUUGGUCAUGGGUUAGACAGAGUUAGGAAGACGGGACUGGGUUGUAUAAUAUUGGUGGCACGCAGCUCGCUUGCACGCACAUUGAGCUUUUUGACCUUCCAUAUACAGUACAAUAUGUGGACAAUCUGGACGCUUUAGAUGUAAUUUAGACCGUGAACAGUAGGACGAAGCAGAGGUCUUUAAUUCCAUGUUGAUUAAAGACUUGAGACCAUCAAGCACAGUGGCCUCGAGUCAUACAUGUGCAUAAUCUCUCUGCUUGUUCAGUGUUAGAGCGUAUUUCAAAUGCACUCCAUAUGUAACGGACGUGGUGUGAUCUUACACAAUAUAUCUAGAAGGUCUCAAGUAUCUACC